AUGGAACCAAAAGAACCACAAUCAACUUUACUCCAACAAAACAAAUCUAAAAGAAAUAAAUCAUCAAUUGAUCAAGGAUGGGCGUGGGUAGUUAUGUUUGCCAGUUUUAUUAUAAUGGUAUUAUCAAUGGGCUAUGUAAGAACAUUUGGAAUACUUUAUGUGGAAUUUGAAGAAAGGUUUGGUGCUUCAGCUACUAUGACGUCAUCAACUAUGGGGUUCAGAAGUGUUGUGCAAUCUAUUUCCGCAUUUUUAGUACAUGGUGUGGUUUUAGAAUUUGUUUCAGUUCGUGUAGUUAUAAUAUUUGGUGGAUUUAUAUAUGGUCUUAGUGUUCUAUUAAAAGUCUUUGCAACCAAUAUGUCGUAUGUGAUAUUAACGGAAUGUAUAUUUGCAGGUAUGGCUCAUGGUAUUGUGUUCAGUCCUCCUUUUGUAAUGAUGAGUCAAUAUUUUAGAAAACAUCGAUCUUUUGCGACUUCACUGGCUACAUGUGGAUCUAGUCUUGGGUUAAUGGUUUUUGCUCCAGUGUUAAGAUACCUAUUAGACCAAGAAGGAUAUCAGGGAGCUCUUCUUAUUUAUGGUGCAAUAUUAUUGAAUAUCAUUCCCUGUGGGUGUUUAUUAAGACCCUUAAAACCCCACGAAAUUCAGUUUAACGAAGAACUUCCUCCAACGAAACAGGACAUGCAGAUUUCUUCAAGUGGUAGCAUAGACAAAGAAAUGACUGUGAUUGCUAGUAGUUCUUUGAACAUGGAAGAAGGAGAAAAUCCUUUUGAACCCGAUCAGCUUGGUUCCAAUAAACAGUCGCGACUUUCAUCUGUGAGAUUAGCUCUUUUUAAAAUGCUGAAAGCUUUUGACUUUCAAUUGUUUAAAGACCUCCGUUUUUUGGUUAUAAUGGGAUACACGUUUUUCGGUGGUGUAGGAUCAAGCGUUGGUGGCCUCCUUUUGCCACCUUUAUGCAAGGAAAUGGGUGUAUCUAACGACGAAUCGUCCCAACUUUUAAUUAUUUUAGCUGUAGUAGAUUUUGUUAGUCGGUUUUUUGUCGGAUUGAUCGCUGAUAGAAAUUGGAUAAAGAAACAAAACAUUGUUUUAAUCACGUUGGUUAUAAUCGGAACAGCGUGUCACUGUACAAGAUUCUGUGCAUCUUUUGAUGCGUUUGUAGUGUUAACAGUAGUGCUAGGUCUCUUUUCUGGAGCAUUUUACGCGCUCUUAUCGGUAACAAUAAUAGAUAUACUAGGCUUAUCAAAAUUAAGUACUGUGCUUGGAUUUGUUCAAUUGUACGGGGGACUAAGUAGUGUGCUUAUGUAUCCGAUUUUUGGGGCAUUACGAGAUACAACUGGUACUUAUAUAGCAUCGUAUCAUUUUGUUGGUGGUUGUGCCUAUUUGGCAGCUUUGAUGUUAGCAUUAGAACCUCUUGCUAGUCAACCAUAUAAACAAACUUCUAGUAAGGCUAUCAAGAGUAAUCCAAUCGUUAAGCCGGACUUAUGA